CACGCGCGAAUGAACGGAGCAAGCACAUGCGAGGCAUCACGUCCCUCAUCGGCCCCUCUCUCUCCCCGGCCGCCCUUUUCUCUCUCCUUCCCCUAAAACCCUUCCCCUCUCCAAAACCCUCGUUUUCUCCUUCCUCAAGCUCGCGAACCCUAGCCAUGGCGAAAACCCUAGACGAAUCCGACGUCGGCAUCUCCUGCUACGUCUCCUCCCUCCCCGGCUUGCGCGGCGUCCUCAAGCAAAGGUACGCCGAUUUCAUCGUUAAUGAAGUUGAUCGCGAUGGUAACAUCGUUCAUCUCACCUCAUUCGAUCUCGCACUCGAUUGUUCUGAAGACAAGGAAGAAGGGAAACCGAUAGCAGACGAUAAAAGUUACGUGAAGGAGAUUGAAUUAUUUCGUUCUCUUUGCGGUGAGAAGGAUUCUGAGCUGCUGAAGGGGUUUCUUGAUAAGAUUACACCUGGUGAAGAAAAUGACGUCGAGCCGAUAGUUCUUUCACCGGAUUCAGAUAAAUCACAUCGAACAGAAGUGCACAACUUCUUCAAGAAGAAUUUCAAGUUCUUGGUGACUGACACAGUUGAAGGAUUAGAGGGGAGCUUGAAGUGUGUUAGAGUGAGGUUAAGUUCAGGAGCUGGUGAAAGAGGGAAGAAACGGAAAAAUUCGGGCAGUUCAAGUGAUGCUAGGCCAUUCGACAGUAGAGGGUCGGAUAAUUGGCCUGAUCAUCUUGGCAAAUUUUUGAGGUUUCAUCUUUACAAGGAAAACAAGGAUACCCAAGAGGCUCUAGCAGUUAUAGCGAAGAUGCUAGGCAUUCAGCAACGCUCAUUUGGAUUUGCUGGCACAAAAGAUAAACGUGCUAUAACGACUCAAAGGGUGACCAUAUUCAAGCAGCAUCCAAAGAGGCUGGCUGCAUUGAACAACAAAUUAUGUGGUAUAAAGGUAGGAGAUUUUAGCUAUGUGAAGGAAGGACUUAUGCUUGGUCAACUCUCAGGAAAUCGGUUCACUAUUACUUUAAGGGGUGUCAUUGCAGAUUCUGUAGAUACCAUAAAAGCAGCCGCAGAGGGCUUGGAAAAGAAUGGGUUCAUCAACUAUUAUGGUUUACAGCGGUUUGGAAGUGGUUCGGUGCCAACUCAUCUCAUUGGUGCGGCAUUACUUCGAGGAGAGUGGAAGAGUGCUGUGGAUUUGAUUCUUGAUCCACGUGAAGGGGAGCGUGCUGAGACAAGGGCUGUGCGAGAACAAUACAAGGAAACUGGUGAUAUUGAUUUGGCUUUAAGGCACUUACCUCGUUAUCUGGUUGCUGAGAGGGCUAUUCUACAAUGUCUGAAGAAAUGCCCUGGAAACUAUCUGCAAGCAUUAAAGGGUAUUCCAAGAACUCUGAGAAUGAUGUACGUGCACAGCUAUCAAAGCUUCUUGUGGAACCAUGCAGCUAGCUUGCGAGUGCAAAAAUAUGGGAUUGGCCAGGUUGUACUAGGAGAUCUGGUCCUGUAUAAAGAGGAUUCUGCUGGAAUGGUAGCUGAUGAAGAUAAUGUUGAGACUGAAGAUGAUUGUCAUGGUGACAUUUCUUUGGCGUCGAAUAUUGUAGAAAAGGGCCAUUUUGUCAAGGUUGUAAAAUCUGAAGAUAUAUCAGCAGGUUGUUAUACAUUUGAAGAUGUUGUACUUCCUUUGCCUGGUUCAAGAAUACUCUACCCAGAAAAUGACAUUGCUGACAUAUACCAUAGGAUGGCAGAAAAGGAUGGUGUCAAAUUGGCAGAGAGUGUACACAGUGCCAAGGAGUUCUCAAUUACCAGUAUGACUGGAAGCUAUAGAAGGGUUUUCCAGCGUCCUAUUGACUUUGUGUGGGAAUUACUAACUUACACAGAUGGAGAUGUGCCCCUGGCAGAAACUGAUAUGGAUGUCAUAUCCAAAUCAAAGCCUUAUGAGGAUGGGAAGAUACAGGGAUGUGCUAAUGGAAAUCAUGACAGCAAAGUUGAAGUCUGCCAACCUGAGAGCUUGAGCUUAAUUGCUGAUUGUCUUUCUGCAAAUGCUAGUGGAGUGAAUUUGUCGUGUGAGGACCCUGGUGACAAAUCUGGCGCUCACCUUCCCAAGGUAGCUUUGAAGUUAGGGUUCACUCUCCCAAGUUCAUGCUAUGCCACAAUGGCCAUUAGGGAGUUGCUGAAAACUUCAACUUCGGUUGCUUAUCAUAAAACAAUAAACCAGUGAGCAGAAUGUAACUCCUUGUUUUUGAUUAGUUUUCAAAUUCUGAGGAACUUCCUGACCACUUGAGGCGUAUAAACAGUGAAAGUUGCUUCAUCAAGAAAUCAUCAGUUAGCAUAUGGUGAACUCAACAUUUUCAGAUGAUGCAUGCAUGGGGGUCUGAAUAUUGUGGUGAAUGUUUAUUGUUGUAUUGAGCGGAAACUUGAUAAAGUGCACUUUGAGGUUCUAUUAGCUGUCACUGGCAGCUGAAGAUGAAAUAUUGGCGGAUGACUGCAUCUGACCGGGCAUGCAGAGUGAAAAUUCCAUACAUUUCACACAUGCUCACUGGGGGUUGCAUAAUAAUAUAAUUCGAGGCUUGCUAAUCCUAUCAGAACAUAUGAUUGGUUGGUGUUCAAGGCGGCCGAGUUAGUCAAGUUUGUAGAGUGAGCUAUAUAACAUGCAAGUUAACCUGGUUCCAUAUGAAGCAUCAAAUUCAUGAUACUGGGAACUUACUGGAGGUCUAAAAAUUGCAAAUCCGGUUCUAGACUACUCUUUACUCUUAUCUAGGUUAUAGGUGUUAUUGGUUUUGAUAUGUGAUUAUGUUCUUUAUUUCUCUAAUGAGCCUUGCACAAAAAGCUGCCUAAUAACUUUGUCCACUGUUAGCAGGUAUUCAAAAUCUAUAACCUUAAAUAAGGCUCUCUGUCCUGAGAGAGCGAGGUUUUCAUUUUGUAGCGUUGAAGUUAUAAAAUUAGUUGAGAUGUUAGGAGCUCUCUCGAUCUAGAAAAUCUGUAGUUUGAGAUGUUUUAUUUUAUAUUGUUAAAGUAACCAUUAUAGUUGAGAACU